AUGCCAUGGCGAGUUCGGGUCGGGUGGUACGACCAGCCAUUGCCUGCUGCUCCGCGGGAGCAGCAUCUGCGCGUUCCAGACGAGAAUAUCCGCCCGGCCGAGCUCGAUCGCUUCUCCCUGUCAACGGUGAUAGCGAGCGCGGCAGCAGCAGCGGGCGAGGGCACGGGCCCCAUGCAAGCGGGCCUCUCGUUCCUCCCUGGCGGCGCGCUCUCCUUGGUCCCCAUCGCCUGCCACUGCUACGCCCGCCCCUGCCGCCUCUCGCCCCACUCCCUGCUGCUCGCUCGUGCGCUCCGCAGCAACGCACUGCCGAUGCCGCUGCUAGCCUCCCAGCGAGAAGAGAAGAUGGGGAGCGGGAUGAAGCUCACGCAACUGGCCGCCCUGCCUGCUCGUGCUCUCAUCUCGGGGAUGAGUCUCACUGCUCUCCUUUACACACUCUCUGUCACUCUCACCCCACUCGCUGCUACGCACACUGGUCAUCUCCCAUCCGUCUCCCCUCCCUCCCACUCCCCUCUCACACUCUCUCCUGACCCACCUGUGUGUGUCAUUCCAUAUUGA